UUUAGAAUAAACCAGGUAUGUCUUUCUAUAAACCUCCAAGCUUUGGAGUAAAACUUGGAUGUAAAUAUCAUAUUUGAUAUCAUAUUUGCUUAAAAUUACACACAAGUUCUGUCUAUUACCUCAACCUUGAUUUUAAUAUUCUAUAGAAUAUGUUUCGAUUCCAAACACCAAAGAAGUACGAACAAGGUGAAAAAGAAACCAGGUGCAGAAAGUACACAAAUGUAGAAUUCUAUGAUCGCUCAGAUUUUGAUCAGUUUACAAACCAACAAAAGUUCAAAGUAAAGAAAGUAAAGAAGAAACGGAUGGAUAGGACGCCUUCUCCUAUUGUUUUUGAUAUAAACCAAGACCUCUACCCACUAGUUUAAGUAAAAGUGGAAGCCAAAGUCUGGUGAAUUUAGUAUGAAAUUAC